UUUCCAAAAUUAAACCCAAACCCAAACCCAAACCAAAUCUCGUUUUUCGCUGCACACAAAUCGCUCUCUUCUCUGUUCAAAUUUCAAUUUCAAAUUUAGCAUUUUUCCCCCAAACCCCCCUCUAAUUUCUCAUUUUCACACUCAAUUUCACGCUUCUCGCGCUGUUAGGGUUUUCCACUUCCAACCCAGCUGUGCAUGCUCACCCACGAUUUUCGCGUUUUCCCGAUCCAACCACGUCCUUCUGCUCAGUUCCUGUUCGCUUCCCCUGCCAGGAUUGCUUCCCUCUCCCCCGCGAUUCUCGUGUUGACCCAGGAGCUGCAAUUAGGGUUUCCAUAGGGGAAUUCGAAUUUGGAUUUGGUUUUGUGAUGGGGGUUUAGGUCUGGGGGACCGUUGCUGGUGUUCUGGAGAGGGGAAUUUCGUGAGGUGAAGAGGAGGGAUGUUUUACUCGCAGUUUAUUUUGGCCAAGAAAGGGCCACUUGGGACUAUAUGGAUAGCCGCGCAUUUGGAGAGGAAGCUCCGCAAGAACCAGGUGGCGGAUACCGACAUUGGCGUCUCUGUAGAUUCCAUUCUCUUUCCUGAAGUACCAAUUGCACUCCGUUUAUCCAGCCAUCUUCUUCUUGGUGUGGUAAGGAUAUAUUCUAGAAAGGUGAAUUACCUUUUUGAUGACUGCAGCGAAGCCUUGCUUAAGAUUAAGCAAGCUUUCCGCUCCACAGCAGUUGAUUUGCCUCCUGAAGAGUCCACUGCACCUUACCAUUCCAUCACCUUACCUGAGACUUUUGAUCUUGAUGAUUUUGAACUGCCAGAUAGUGACAUUCUUCAAGGUAAUUAUGUUGAUCACCAUGUCAGUACUAGGGAGCAGAUUACACUGCAAGAUACUAUGGAGGGUGUGGUUUUCACUACUUCUCAGUUUGGCUUGGAUGAGCGCUUUGGUGAUGGUGAUACUUCUCAAAUUGGGUUAGACCUUGAUGAGGUUUUGUUAAAUGACAAAGCUGCUACUUUGGAACAUGAUGACAUUGGUGCUAGUCCUCAAAUGUCUCAUCAAAAUGAUGAAAAGAAAGAGGAGAUUGAUGAUUUACCCUCCACUGCUGAAGUACGCGAAUAUGCUGAAGGUCCAUCUACCCCUGGUCUAGAAGAACCAAAUUUAUUUGGAACUCAAAUGGAUCAGUGCAAUAAUGAAGUUGAUUAUCAUAAUUCUGCUGAUUUAAUAUCAAUGGAGGCCUCACAAAAACAAUUCUCUGGUCUCCAAAGGGAGAAUGAUGUAAUUGAUUGCUCCUUGCAAAGUAAUGGGAAUCAUAUUUCUUUAGACUUGCAUCAUGAAGAUAAUGGCCGUGAUCUGGUUAAAAUGGAUAGCAAAAGAGAGGAGCAGGAGCAUUUAGCAUGUCAGGUUGUGAUGAAGGAUCAAGAAAAUUUGACACCCAAUGAUCAUUGCUUAACACCGUUAUCCUUGGUGGACCCUUCAAAUAAAGAGUACCCUACCACCCUGUUACCAGAAUGUGAACAUGGGGUGAUUAAUGCUUCUGAUGUACCUGAGAAGGAGGACUUGCAUAAUGGAGUUUUGAUGAACCAUGACCCAAUUUCUGUUUCUUUGGAUCAAACUGAUACAAAUUGUGUUGUUUCUGCUCCUUUGAUGAACAAUGAUAAUGUUGCGACUCUUGGUUGUUCUCAUGUUACUUCUGAUCAAGAGGACCUGUCAUGUAAACUGUUGUCUAACAAGGAUGGAUCUCAGGAUCCAGGAUCAGAUGGUCAUUUGGAGGAUGGUAACACAGUAUCAAAGCAUGAAGUUCUGAGUAACAUUGAAAUUUCUAAGAGUGAAGGGCAAUCCUGUCUGCUUGACAAUGCUCAAGUUUCCAAUGUUAUUAGUCCAAUCGGAUCUCCUGGUAGACCUGAAGUUGUUGAUGUGGAAGCUGUUGCCUCUCAAGAACCAAAAGAAGCAGAAACUUUAAACCAUUUAUCUCAUGAAGCCUUGCAGCCCACUGAAUCAGUCCUUAGACCAUGCACCUCCCAUCCGGGCCAUCCUUCUCUGCCAUUUAUUGAAGGUGAAAAGUGUCAUGUUGAUGUUUCAAAUCCUGCUUUAAGUUACCAAGAAACUAUGGUUCCAUCUGUAUGUGAAGGAACACCUGAUUUGGGAAAAACAGAUAUGCAAAUUGAGAGUCUGAUAUUCAAUGAAAAUGUAGAAAGUGUAAACAAAUCUGCUGCUACUGACAUGCCAGAGCCUGAAAAAUUGCUCUCCUUGGCUUAUCCGCAUGAUGGUGAAGCAAAUGAUUUGCUGAUGACAUCUACUCCUGACAUCCAUGGUGCAUCUGAAGGCCAUACCGGUGCUGCGGGAGUAAAUUGCAUCUCUGGUAAAAAACGCAGCUUCACAGAAAGUACUCUUACAGUGCAGAGUAUGGAUUUCUUUGAAUCUUAUGGGGGAGUUCAAUCCAAGAGAACUACUGAGUCUGUUCCUGAUGAUGAUGAUCUAUUGUCAUCCAUAUUAGUUGGUAGAAAAUCUUCAGUUUUGAAAAUGAAACCUAGUCCUGCAGCCCCUGAAAUAGCAUCAAUGAAGCGGACUCGUUCUGCACCACGUACUAGUGCCUUAAAGAGGAAGGUUCUUAUGGAUGAUAUGAUGGUCUUGCAUGGCGAUACAAUACGCCAACAGUUGACAAAUACUGAAGACAUACGUCGCAUUCGGAAAAAAGCUCCUUGCACUAGUCAUGAGAUUUUAAUGAUUCAAAGACAAUUUUUGGAGGAUGAAAUUUUUCAUGAACCAAUAUUUACAGAUUUGUCUACUGAUUUGACUAUUCUGCGAAAUGAGACAUUUGAUCUGACUGGAAUCAAGGUUUCUGAUAACUAUUUAGAUAGUUCUCACGUAGAAAAAACAAACAUUCAAGAGUCAUAUUCUAGAACAAAUACUGAAAUUCAUGGAAUGGAGGGGAACAAUGAACCUAUGGCAGUCCAACUCCAAGAAGAUGCAGAAGUGCAACCUACUGAGAUGCCUGUUUUGUCUGAGAAUCAUCAGUCUGAGGUUAACUUGGGAUCUCAUGAUAUUGAUGCUCACGGGCACACAAAUAUUAUUUCUCAUGUGGAGGAGCUUGACAGCUCUCAAAAUGUUGUAAUGAACAAUGUUGGAGGAAAUAUUGCAGUUUCUGAGGCAGAGAAUUGCUCUAUUGGCCCUGGGAAUGAAUCUUCAUCCUUAAUUGAAGUCUUAGAAAAUGAUUUUGCCGCAUCACUGACUCUCAUGGACAAAACCAAUGAUCUCGUUGGUUCUAUCCAUACUGAUAUAUUGAGCAUCCCAAAUGCUCAGAAUAUGAAUACAUUCCCUAUUCUAGAGGGUGAGUUUGUGGAGAAUCAAAGCGAAAGAAAUGGAGUAGGUGCUAUUGAGCCUAGCAUGGAAACUAGAAUACAAGUUCAAACAGAUGGUGUGGAAGCCAAUGAUAUAUAUGCAUCCUUGGCUACUGGAUCUAAAGAAACUGAUGAAUUUGCUGAUAUUCAGGCUUCCUUUAAUGGUGACAUACCAUUAGAGGACAAUGGAAACAGCACAGUAGGGCUGUUAAAUGAGGAUCAAAUUAUUGCUUCUGGCAUGGAGUGUGAUGACAAGGAUGCAAGGUCUGGUUCCAUAUUUAUUGAAACUGCUAAAGUAGAUUGUUUACAAUCAGAAACACUUGGUUUAGAUGAAAAAGAGAGUGCUUUGAAAGAUGAAGAAAACCCAGUCUGUCAGGAAGCUGGACUACUAAGUACAAUGUGCCCUGAAAUCAUAGCUGCUAGGAGUCCUUUGGUAGAUCAGAACGAUGAAAAUGACAUGAUUGCUAAUGACACAGAGUUUUUGAAUGUUGGUGAUGAUGAUAUAAUUGAUGAUGAUGAUGAUUAUCAAGCAAGUGCUGAAGGAACUCACCUUGAAAAUAGUGGAUGGUCUUCCCGGACCAGGGCUGUUGCCAAGUAUCUGCAGACUGUGUUUGAUAAGGAAGAACUACAUGGAAGGCAGGAGCUGCAUCUUGACAACUUAUUAGUCGGUAAAACACGAAAGGAAGCAUCACGGAUGUUUUUCGAAACUCUGGUUCUCAAGACAAGGGAUUAUGUCCAUGUAGAACAAACAAAACCCUUUGCAAAUAUUAACAUAAAACCUCGAAUGAAGCUUAUGAAGUCAGAUUUCUGAAUCAUCGUGUAGGAGUGGCAGAUAUAGUUGUAAAGAUCCAUGCGGUGGUAGUUUGGCUAAAAUCUGCAGGGUUGGGAUAAUAUUUUCAAUAUUUCCCCCGAUUUAGCUAUGGAUUUUCAUUUAUAAUUUUUUUGAGAUAGAAUUUAGCUGUUCAGUUUUAGUUCAAUGGCUGGGGGGUUAAAGUGGUACAUGUAUCAUCCUAUUGAUUAUUCUGGGUCUUAAUGUACAUAUUUUUGUAAAAUGUCACUGUUUGUAAGUUACAGAUGCUAAUUUGUAUGUCGUUUAAACGCAUCCCUCCAAGUAAGAAUGGUAUUCUACUUUCUCUAGGCAUAAAAUUUAUGGGAAGCUCAUUGUAAUUUAACUGUCGGUGGACAAAGAACAUUUCUGUACUUUUGUUUGUAUAGUAUCUAACUGUAACUAUCCUUUUAAUAGUGUGUAGUUUUCUGUACUGU